AUGCAACAGGCUUUAGAUGGCGAUGAUUCUGUUCAACGCACACUAGCCUUGCGUAAAGACCCUCGGGCAUCUCAGUUCCCCAUGGGAGAUUACCCCUGGCUCAUGCAAGAACUCUCUUCGGCGCUGGAGAUGGAUAUAUCUCCACCGGUGGGUGAGACCCCUCCGUUGCCGCAUAAUGGCAAGGGCUUGAAUGUUUUAACGCCAGCCCGGUACCCAUCGAAGCGUCUAACUGAGGCUCAACAAGCUGAAGUCUCCAAUGCCUUGCAGCAGACCUAUAACACUGCAAUAGCUGGUCUCACCGAGGGCAAGUUUGUCGCCAAGGCAGUUUUCCGGUCUCUGCUUGGAGAAUGGAGUCUCGAAAGGGACUUGAAUAGUCGGCUGCCUAGCCACCCAAGUGGUCACUUCAGUGGCACAGCAAAGUUUCUACUUAGGAAAGGCACGAAGGAUGGAAGAGAAAACUUCAAAGGUGACCUCGGCCAGGAGUAUCUGUAUAUAGAAGACGGCGAUUUCAAGGCAUCAAAUGGGAUGACAUUCCGCGCUACGAGAAGAUACAUCUGGCGAUACGAUGACGCUACCGAUACCUUGAGUGUGUGGUUCACGAAACCAGAAGACCAGAAGAUGGCGGACUACCUCUUUCAUCAAGUCGAAUUUGUUGUCCCACCUCCCGGCGAAGCUGGCGAUGAUAGUCAAGGAUGGGAAGCGAAUGCUGGCCAUCUGUGCAUUGAGGACUUUUAUAACGUCAAGUACAACUUCGCAUUCAAUGCAGUCAACCUGAAAGAAUGGAGUAUAGGAUACACGGUUAGUGGGCCGAAGAAAGAUUACACGAUACAUGGAGUUUACGAGAGGGCCUCCCGUUCCUAA